UCACGUUAUCAGCCUGUGACGCUUCCCAAGCAGUACGUGGCACACAUUGCUCAGAAAAGCCCCUUGUGCCCGCUUUUUGCCAUCCGCGCUGUCUCGUGUCUCCCUUUUCCCAUUAAAUGCCUCUUUUCUUGCAGGUCUCAUCUCGGGGAUAGUGAACUACGGGGCUAUACCUAUCCGCAACUAUCCUAGGCCCAAGAGCCAGCCCUUGCCCUCACGUAACAGGCGGAGACUCGCUGAGGCGAGUUGCACUUCUAAUUGAGCGUGAGGGCUUGUCAAUCUCUUAAGUUUUUCCAAUCAGAAGUCCGGUCCAUCCAGCCUUCCGCUCUCCAUUGGCCUUUGUGGGAGGGAAAGGGGUGGGUAAGCCGAAGUCGCUGCGCUCAGUGCGCAGGCGCGAGAAAACUGGCAGGGGCCCGAGCCGGGGGCUGGCUUGAAGACGCGUCGUUGGGUUUGGGGGCCUUGAAAGAGCCGUUUGAGUUUGUCUGCGGGUGGAGAACGUUUGUCAGGGGCCCGGACAAGAAAGAGGCCCGCCUGUUACGAUGGUGUCCAUGACUUUUAAACGGAGCCGCAGUGACCGGUUCUACAGCACCCGGUGCUGCGGCUGUUGCCAUGUCCGCACUGGGACAAUCAUCCUGGGGACCUGGUACAUGGUAGUAAACCUAUUGAUGGCAAUUUUGCUGACUGUGGAAGUGACUCAUCCAAACUCCAUGCCAGCUGUCAACAUUCAGUAUGAAGUCAUCGGUAAUUACUAUUCAUCUGAGAGAAUGGCUGAUAAUGCCUGUGUUCUUUUUGCCGUCUCUGUUCUUAUGUUUAUAAUCAGUUCAAUGCUGGUUUAUGGAGCAAUUUCUUAUCAAGUGGGUUGGCUGAUUCCAUUCUUCUGUUACCGGCUUUUUGACUUUGUCCUCAGUUGCCUGGUUGCUAUUAGUUCUCUCACCUAUUUGCCAAGAAUCAAAGAGUAUCUGGAUCAAUUACCUGAUUUUCCCUACAAAGAUGACCUCCUGGCCUUGGACUCCAGCUGCCUCCUGUUCAUUGUUCUGGUGUUCUUUGCCUUAUUCAUCAUUUUUAAGGCUUAUCUAAUCAACUGUGUUUGGAACUGCUAUAAAUACAUCAACAACCGAAACGUGCCAGAGAUUGCUGUGUACCCUGCCUUUGAAGCACCUCCUCAGUACGUUUUGCCAACCUAUGAAAUGGCUGUGAAAAUGCCUGAAAAAGAGCCACCACCUCCUUACUUACCUGCCUGAAGAAAUUCUGCCUUUGACAAUAAAUCCUAUACCAGCUUUUUGUCUUGUUUAUUUUACAGAAUGCUGCAAUUCAGGGCUCUUCAAACUUGUUUGAUAUAAAAUAUGUUGUCUUUUGUUUAAGCAUUUAUUUUCAAACACUAAGGAGCUUUUUGGACAUGUAUUAAAUGUCUUUUUGUUUUUUUGUUAAGUCUUUUACAUUUUAGUAGUUUUUGAAGACAAUCUAGGUUAAGCAAGAGCAAAGUGCCAUUGUUUGCCUUUAAUUGGGGGUGGGAAGGGAAAGGGGGUACUUGCCACAUAGUUUCCUUUUUAACUGCACUUUCUUUAUAUAAUAGUUUGCAUUUUGUUAUUUGCUACCCUGGGUACUUUCAGGAAGACUGACUUAAAUAUUCAGGGUGAAUAAGUAGUUGGGUAUAAGAUCUGAAUUUUUCAUCUGCCGAAACAAGAAAAUAUUUGACAUUUUGACUUGACUGUGGAAGAUGAUGGUUGCAUGUUUCUAAUUUGUAUGUUUCCAUCUUUGUGAUAAGAUGAUUUAAUAAACCUCUUUAAAUACUUA